AUGCCCUCCUCGCCGCGGUGGGUCGAAGCGGUCAACAACGCUCUCCGACAGCACCCCGAACACCAACCAACCGUGUACCAAGUCGCGACAGUCGACGCCUCCGGCCACCCACGCGUCCGCACCCAAGUCCACCGCGCUUUCCACCACCCACCCGACCGCCCCGACCUCCCACUGCUCGUCACCUCGACCGACGCGCACACGCCCAAAGUCACGCAGCUCCACGCCUCCGCGCGCGUCGAGCUCUGCUGGUGGUUCCCCGGCACGCAAGACCAGUUCCGCAUCGCCGGCUUCGCGCACGUCCGUCCCGCGCCCUCGCCCUCGGCGCCCGCGGAACCGACGCCGAUCCCCGCGGGCGCGACCGCGCUCGAGACGCUGCGCGACGGCGGCUUCGACUGGGACGCGAAACGGCGUGAGGCGUUCCUCGCGAUGAGCCCGGGCAUGCGCGCGAGCUGGUGCGCGCCGGACGCGCCGGGGUCGCCGUUGGGGAGCUACGAGGAGCAGAAGGGGUGGCCGCGGAGCGUACCGGCUGAGCCGGAGACCGAGGAGGACAGGAAGAACUGGGAAAUGUCCCUGGGGAACUUCGCGCUGAUGCUGGUCGAGCCGGUUGAGGUGGACUGGGUCGAGCUGGGCGUGAAGCCGAACCGGCGGACGGCGUUCAAGAGGGAGGGCGAGGGUUGGGUGGAGCAGUUGGUUGUUCCGUGA